CUGCGAAGCAUGUCACCGCUAUGCGCAAAACCAGACACUGCUCAGUCGAGACUCUGUAUGAUAGGUUUGCUUGAAUCUUUACUUCUGUUCUCAUUGCAGGGUCGAGAUCCUAUGCGUCGAAGAAUGCGCGGCAACGAAGUGAUGUCACGCGGCCGUAUGUUUUCCACGCCGAGACUUGAGCUACUUCCACAUGGACUACUCCUCCUCCAUGCACAGAGUGUUUCUUCUUCAUUCUUGGCUUUCUUCCUCUUUCACAUAUUUCCUGAUCGUGUUGUGACAUAUCCUAAGAUACAUAUGUUGCCUGGUGAAUCGUCGUGAUGGCGACUGCAAAUGCCCCACAGUUUUACGCCAACCAAUUGAGCCCUGUCGAGAUUAGCCAAAGUUCUCUCAAAGAUACCUUGAAGCAGCUUCAGACGGCUGUCAGAAAAGCGACUUUGCUCUUACACGAGAGCUGUCCCCGGCUAGAAGCUUUGGAGGAAUCCCAAAAUACUGGUUUCUAUGCUGGAAUCCCAGGAGUCAUUCUAGCUUUUUUACGUCUAGACCAUCAAGCCAAGUUUCUUGGGUCCAGCGAUCUAAAUUUUUAUCAGCUUGCCAUUGAGCGAAUUCCAACAGAAGGUCCGGACGUACCAAUCUUGCAUGACAGAACAUCUCCAUUCGGCUCUUCCAGCGCCUUGGCGGGCCCAAUACUGCGCAUCUCUGCCUCAAAGGAUCCGAAAACGACUGUUUCCAGUGAGGAUAUAGAAUGCAUUAGAAGGGUGGUGCACGUCGCGCUAGAGAAUGACCGCCUGGUACGGCAUGGUGCCUCGCUGAUGGGGUCCGACGAAAUGCUAUUUGGCCGAGCUGGGUUGUUGUGGGCUCUUCUUAACCUCCGCAUGCGUAAUUAUGAGGACGAGACUGCUCGAUCCUUGAAUCCGAUUUUUAGGGAAAUACCACGGCUAGUCGACGCUAUCAUUGUGGGUGGGAUUGACGGUAGAAAAGACUUUACCACUAAACAUGGAGAGCAGGAUGCCUUGCAGUUGAUGUGGCAUUGGAAGACAGACCGUUACAGUCUUGGAGCAGUUCAUGGCAUAGCUGGUAUACUCUCUAGUAUUCUUGCCUGCAAAGCAGAGGAGCUCAACAACGGUGCAGAGCGCAAUCAUUUACCACUAAUCGCUGGAACGAUCACAGGUCUCUGCAAAUUAUGUAUUGCUAACUAUGGUCACCUGCCUACCAGUCUCCCUCUGCAUGGCUCUUCGCAUCGCUCUAGCUCAUUAGUUCAAGUCUGUCAUGGCAGCCCCGGAUUCCUAAAUCUCAUGGCCUGUGCUAGGAGAAAUCGACCCCUGGUCACCGCUUUUUGGCAGCCAGAGUGGGACAAGGCCAUUUAUGCGGCAAGUGAGCGAGUCUGGGAGGAAGGAAUACUGUCUAAGGGCGGUGGCAUAUGUCAUGGAAUUGCCGGCAAUGCAUGGUCGUUAUUGCUCCUCGAUGACAGUUUUGAGGAAGAUAUCAUGGCAACGGCCAGGCAAAAGCACGCCUCUCGCACGGAAAGUCUGGACUUGGCUCCAGGGCCAAGCGGGCCGCAAGGCGAGUAUAUCCUUGCGAGAGCACUCGCGUUACUGCUGAAGGCACGAGAUACGCCUCCAUACAAUGAUACCGACGAAGACUCGUCCUGCAUGUACCGCAUGCCAGAUCGCCCGUAUUCCCUCGCAGAGGGACUUGCUGGUACUGUCUGCGCGUGGGCAAAUGCCUGCGUUGUCAUUCAUUCGAAACUACAAAGCAUGCACGUACAGCAAGGCCAAUUCCACAGUGGGGAUGUAACCCUAAAGGAAUACGAAUCACUGAAGCUCGCAAUUCCAAUCCUUGCAUCCCACCGACCUACUGGUCUACUUUGAUUGUUUCAGGCCAAACUGGCCGCCAAAUUUGCUGGUGGAUGACAGUGUAUAUUAGCUCCAUCAACGCUAUAAUGCUCCAGAUAGUUAAGAAUGAAAUGCAAAGUGUCAGAUCA